AUGUCCAUUGUUAGGAUUGAGUACUCGAAUGAUCCAUAUUUGAAUGAGCUCUUUUACAAACGCUACCAGGCGCCCGACCACAAGCCGCCGGUCACCAUUGGCUUCGAGUUUGACUGGAGGAGCAGCGUCUCGGCCAAGGAUUGGCCCAGCGUUGCCAAGAAGGGCAAGGUCGAUAUGAUGGAAUUAGAGCUGAAGAAGCUAGAGGAAACCAUCAAAAAUAUACAUGAAGAAAUGUUUUAUCUCCGUGAAAGGGAGGAGGAAAUGCAGGACCUGAACAGGCGAACAAACUCGAGGAUGGCUUGGCUCGGGUUCCUCUCGCUCGGCAUCUGCUUAUCAGUGGCGGGCUUGCAGCUGUGGCACCUGAAGACUUUAUUGGAGAGAAAUAAGCUCCUGUAGUUCCCCAAUUAUUCACGAUAGCACACAACACUAGAG